AAAAAAUGUUUACUAUUAGAAGAGUUCUUUUUUCUUUUAAAUUAAAACAAAAAAAAAAACACAUUAAAACAAUAUAAUGACACAAAGUACUCUCUUCCGUUCGGAGGAGAUGUCUCUUAUCCAACUUUACAUCCCUGCCGAAGUUGCUCAACCAAGUGUUGCUGAAUUAGGUGAAUUGGGCAAGGUUCAAUUUAGAGAUCUUAAUCCUGAAGUCAAUGCCUUUCAACGUUCUUUUGUCUCUGAAAUUAGAAGACUUGAUGAAAUGGAACGUCAAUGUCGAUUUCUUCAAACACAACUUCAAAAAAACGAGAUUCCAACUCGUCCCUUAACACCUGCAGCUUAUCGUUCUCGUGCACGUUCAGCUCAAGAAGUAGACGAUCUUGAAGAAACUUUAAAAGAAUAUGAAACUCGUAUUUCUCAAAUGAACUCCUCCUAUGAAUCUCUUCAGCUUCGUUAUCUUCAGUUAACUGAAUUGCGUCAUGUUUUAAGAGAAUCAUCUGGUUUCUUUGAACAAGCCGAUUCAAGACAAGAUACCAUUCGUAAUUCACUUGAUGAUGAUUCAGCCCCACUCUUAGAAAACGAUGUUGAACAAGCACAUUUUGAUAGUGAGAAUUUACAUCUUGGAUAUGUAACAGGUGUAAUUGCUCGUAAUCGUAUACAAACAUUUGAACGUGUCCUCUGGCGUUCUCUUCGUGGUAAUCUCUACAUGAAGUCUGCCGAAAUUGAUGAACCUAUUGUAGAUCCUAAUACAGACAGUCUAGUUGAUAAAAAUGUCUUUUGUAUCUUUGCACACGGUACUGAGAUUAUUGCUAAAAUUAAAAAGAUUUCUGAAAGUAUGGGUGGCACGUUAUAUUCUAUUGAUGAUUCUGCUGAUAAACGUCGUGAUGCUCUUUUGGAGGUCACUUCUCGUAUUGAAGACUUGAAUAAUGUUUUAUCUACAACAAACCAAACUCGUCGUUCUGAAUUGAUUAAAGUGUCUGAAAAUGUCGUUGCUUGGACUACUAUUGUUCGUAAAGAAAAGGCUAUAUACCAUACUAUGAAUUUGUUUAAUUACGAUGUUAAUCGCAAAUGUCUUAUUGCUGAAGGCUGGGUUCCUACAAAUGAUAUCCCUUUAGUUCAACAAGCCUUAAAGGAUGCUACUGAUGCUUCUGGAACUAGUCUUCCUUCUAUUCUAACAGAAUUAAAUACCAAAAAAACACGUCCUACAUACCACCGCACUAAUAAAUUUACAGAAAGUUUCCAAGGCAUCAUUGAUGCUUAUGGUAUUGCUCGUUAUCGUGAAGUCAAUCCUGGUCUCUUCACUAUCAUCUCGUUCUCUUUCCUUUUUGCUAUGAUGUUUGGUGAUAUUGGUCAUGGUGCUCUUUUGUUCCUUAUUGCUCUUUAUCUUUGUAUUAAUGAAAAGAAAUUGGCUUCUAAUAAUGGCGAGAUCUUCAGAAUGUUUUUUGGUGGUCGUUAUAUGAUGUUGAUGAUGGGUCUGUUCUCUAUGUUUACAGGAGCUGUUUACAAUGAUAUGUUCUCAUUAUCACUCAACAUUUUUAAAUCCGGCUUUGAUUUACCUUCUAAUUACACUUCAACUGAGUCAGUUGAAAUGAUUCCUAAUGGACACGUUUAUGCCUUUGGUUUUGAUCCUGCAUGGCAUGGAUCCGAAAACUUUUUGUUAUUUUCCAAUUCAUACAAGAUGAAGCAAGCGAUUAUAGUUGGUGUACUUCAUAUGUCAUUUGCUAUCUGUCUCAAUGUCUUUAAUCAUAUCUAUUACAAACGUAAGGCAUUCGUUUGGCUUGAAUUUUUACCUCAAAUCUUAUUUAUGGAAUCUAUAUUUGGCUAUUUGAUCUUUUGUAUCAUGUAUAAAUGGAGUGUCAAUUGGUGGGAACUUGAUGCUAAUGGUCAUCAUAUUCGUAACCCUCCUCCUAAUCUUUUGAAUAUGUUGAUUUAUAUGUUCCUAACUCCUGGUAAAGUAAAUCCUGAGGAACAGCUUUAUCCUGGUCAGGGUUCUGUUCAAUUGGUAUUAAUCUUAUUAGCUGUUGUCUGUGUUCCUUGGAUGUGGUUUGCUAAGCCAUUCUAUUUGAAAAAAGAAGCAAGUAAACAUCAUUAUACAUCUAUUGCCGCUGAUGAUGACGAUGAAGAACAACAACCUAUGAUUGAGGGUGCAUUGAAUGAAGAAGAUGAAGAAGAAGAAGAAUUUGAGUUUAGUGAAGUUAUGAUUCAUCAAACAAUUCAUACAAUUGAAUUCUGUCUUAACUGUAUUUCCAAUACAGCUUCUUAUCUACGUCUUUGGGCUCUGUCACUUGCUCAUGCACAAUUAUCAAGUGUUUUGUGGGACAUGACAAUUAAAAUUUGGUUUAACAUGACAGGUGCCAUUGCUGUUAUUGGAUUUGUAGUAGGCUUUGCUUUAUGGUUUUCAUUAACAAUUGGUAUUUUAUUAUGUAUGGAAGGUCUUUCUGCUUUCCUUCACGCUCUUCGUUUAAUGUGGGUUGAGUUUGAUGGUAAAUUUUAUAACGGUGAUGGUAUCAAGUUUGAGCCCUUUACUUUUGCUAGUAUUAUGGAGCCUACGAUUAACAAUGAAUAAACCUUUUUUUUUAUGAGUGAGUGUGUAUGUGUGUGUGUGUGUAUGUGGCUUAAUAUAAAGUAUAAUAAAGAGUUUCUUAUUUUAAUAAAAAGUAUUUUUUUUUUGUUUUGUUUCUUUUUAUAUA